AUGGCUGCCCCCAAGAGUGACAUCCACUUGUACACCACCGGUACACCCAAUGGCAUCAAGGCGUCCAUUCUGCUUGAGGAGCUUGGUCUUCCGUACCAAGUGACCAAGAUUGAUAUCUCCAAGAACACACAGAAGGAGCCCUGGUUCCUCGAGAUCAACCCCAACGGCCGCAUCCCGGCUCUCACAGACUCGUUCGAUGACGGCAAGCCCAUCCGCAUCUUCGAGAGCGGCAGCAUCCUGCAGUACCUCGUCGACCGCUACGACAAGGACCACAAGGUGUCCUACCCCGCCGGCUCGCGCGAGCACUGGGAGACCACCAACUGGCUGAUGUGGCAGAUGGGCGGCCUCGGACCCAUGCAGGGCCAGGCCAACCACUUCAAGCGCUACGCACCCGAGCAGAUCCAGUACGGUAUCGACCGCUACACCAACGAGUCGCGCCGCCUCUACCGCACUCUGGACACGCACCUGGCCAAGUCUUCGUCCGGCUUCAUCGUCGGCGACAAGCUGACUGUUGCGGACAUCUCCUGCUGGGGCUGGAUCGCCGCUGCUCACUGGGCCGGCAUUGACAUUGAGGAGUUCCCCCACGUCAAGAAGUGGCUGUACAAGCUGCUCGAGCGCCCCGGAUUCGAAAAGGGCCGCCACGUUCCCACCAAGCACACUGCUCUCGAGUCGGCGCAGAAGAGCGAGGAAGAGUUGGAGAAGGCGGCUGCCGAGUCGAGGCAGUGGGUGCAGAGUGGCAUGAAGGAGGAUGCCAAAAACUAA